AUGUCCGACGCGGAACAUGAUGCCGCCGCGCCGGCGUCGGAGAAACGCAGCGACGGGAUGAAGCCAGGCGGCUGGUCGCGGCGGAAGAAGCUCGUCGUCGCGGGGGUGGUGUUGCUGGUGGUGGUCGCCGCCAUCGGCCUGGGGGUUGGUCUCGGCGUCGGGCUCACUCGCCACCGCGGCGAUGACGGCGGCGGCGGCGACGACGCCGCCCCGAGCAACAACGGGACAGGCAUCUCAUCGCGCGGCUCCGUAUGGCGGCCCAAGGCGGGCGUCAGCUGGCAGAUUGUGCUCAAGAACCCCAUCGACGUGGGCGACCAGCUUACGCCGGACGUGGACGUCUACGACAUCGACAUGUACGAGAACACGGCGGCGACGGUGGAGCGGCUACACGGCGCGGGCAAGAAGGUCGUGUGCUACUUCAGCGCCGGAUCGUACGAGGACUGGCGCGCGGACAAGGACGAGUUCCGCGACGGGGAUCUGGGGAAGCCGCUGCCCGAAUGGGCUGGGGAGCGGUGGCUGAGGCUGUCGAGCGACAACGUGAGGCGCAUCAUGAGCAAAAGGAUCGCGUAUGCGGCGCAAACGGGGUGCGACGCCAUCGAUCCGGACAAUGUGGACGGCUACCAAAACGACAACGGGCUGGGCCUCACGGCGAACGACACCGUCUCGUUCGUGACGUUUCUCCAGGCGGAGGCGUCGCGGCACAACAUGUCCAUGGGACUCAAGAACGCGGGCGGCAUCAUCCCGCAGGUGCUGCACCUGUGCGACUUCAGUGUCAACGAGCAGUGCGUCGAGAAGGGCGAGUGCGAGUCGUUUGCGGCCUUUGUGGCCGCGGGGAAGCCCGUCUUCCACAUCGAGUACCCUGACGGCGCGGCAGGUGGCAAGGUCGACGGGGCAGCGGCGGAUGAGAUUUGCGGGCGCAAAGACAAGGCCAAGGGUGCGGAGGGCUUCAGUACCGUGAUGAAGAGGAUGAAGUUGGACGGGUGGGUUGAAUACUGCGACGGCAAGGUGUACGAGACGAAGACGACGGAGUCGAAAGGAAAUCGGAGGUCAGGACCGCGACGCUAA